UCUUAUUUUGAAGGAGAAGAAGAAGCGCCUCACGCUUCAAAACAAUACUUGAAGUUCCGGCUGUCUGGCGCCGCGUCCUCAUGAAGAUGUCUCAAAACAAUGCCGACAAAGACGACCAAACGUCAGCUACCAAGAAAACCAUCUCCCUGCCUGUCUCCAGAGUGAGGCUGAUCAUGAAGAGCUCCCCUGAUGUCUCCAGCAUCAACCAGGACGCGCUCUUCCUCACCACCAAGGCGACGGAGCUGUUUGUGCAGCACCUGGCUCUGUCUUCAUUCAACAACGGAUCCGGGAAAGAGACCAACACGCUGUCAUACAGCGACCUGGCUCACACCGCGGAGGAGACCGAGACUUUCCACUUUCUAACAGACAUCCUGCCUAAGAAGAUCUUGGCUCGAGAUUACCUCAAUUCUUUGGAUCAAAUGCAAGAAGAAGACGCUGACUUUUGAAAAAAAAUU